AGCGUCUUGCACUGACGAACUUAGUUGGCUUUUUUUGUUGUUGCUUUAGUUGAAUAAGGGCGAGAAACGCUGAAUAUAAACGUAUGGGACGAAAACAUAUUUCUUGUUCGAGUUUCAGUUUAGCUACCUCUAAAUAUUUCCAAUAUUUGGCUUUUCUUCCAAAAGUAGUUUUUUUGAUCCAAUGCGUAUAAAGAAGGGGAUUUUGUGUUGCUAGAUGAAGUAUUUACACUUUUGGGUCUACUUUAAAAGUGAAGCAAGACUGUUUAAACCUGUUCAUAUACAUUCUCUUUCACCAUAAGGUCGGGGUGAGUUUCUCUUUUACAUGAGGGUUUCAAAAAUUAUUUAAUGUCACGACACACAUGCGAAGUAAUUGCAGUCAACUAUUUAUUUUAGGGCCGCGUUCUAACACACCACUAAUGGACAGAUGGCAGGACAGUAGGCAUAUAAGUUGUUUUACAUUGCUUUUUAUUACGUUAAAGUUGUACACCUGUAUGCGUAACAGGUGAACAGAGAUUUGUUGCAGGGCAAAAAUUUGAAAAGCUCCAAGAAUACGUAAGCAAAGACGAAAACAUUUUGAUUGAAAGCAAAAAUGGACCCUUCAGAAGUUGUUUUAGAAUACUUACGUGUUCAAAAUCGCCCCUAUAGUACAAAUGACAUUUUCAACAAUCUGCACGAAGAGAUUAAGAAACCUACUGUCCAAAAAGCUCUAGACCAUCUUGCGAAAACAGGAGCAAUUAUAGAAAAGGCGUAUGGAAAACAGAAAGUUUAUGUGGUAAAACAAGAAGAUACGAACGUUAAAAAUUUUGAGCAAGAGUUACAGGAUUUGGAUUCAAAAUUCAAUGAAAUUUCCCAAAAACUUGCCUCAGCAGAACAAGAGUUGAAGAGUAAUGAAAAACUUUUAUGUGAUCUACAAUCAGCACCAACAACCAAUGCAGCUGAAUGUGAACAAAAACUACUUGAAAGUAGAAUCGAGGUAUUAAAGGCCAAGUUUGACAACAUUUCUAAAAACACUGUGAAUAUAUCAGAAUCUGAUAGCAAACAGAAACAAAAAGAUCAUGAAAGUAAUGUAAAGGAACUGAGAAAAAGAAGGCGGCUCUGCAUGGACAUUAUAGAAUCUAUUCUAGAAUUUUAUCCUAACUCUAAGAGGGCUCUGUUAGAUGAAGUGGGAAUUGAAACUGAUGAGGAUGUUGGCAUGCCACUUAACCUAUAAUGUUCUAAUGUCAAGUUACAUACAAGCUGUAUUAGUAUUGUAAGUUUAAAUGUUCAGAGUUGUUAUUUAUCUUUCAAGGUUCCUUUGAUUUCCUAGUUUCUAAGGAAGCAGUUUUGAAACUGUUAAUUCCUUAUUAAUAAAUUACAUUAAUAUGUUUCUUUCAUAUGGUAUAUGUUCAAUUUGCAAACAUUCUUGGAAAACAUGGCUGCCUUCUGGGUUGUGCUGUAGUCUGGUAGAAGUUUACUGAUGUUUCAGAAGGCCUUGCAAGGAUCCUUGAAACAUUGAUAAACUUUUACCAGGCUACAUGGUGCAAAAACUCAGAAGACAGCCAUUUUCAGACUCACCACUGGAAACCUCAAAUCCUAUUUAUUCUUGAAAAAGUAUCUUGUUGGGGGAACCACUCCUGUGCACCUAUCUGUCCACAAAAUGUAAUUCUCACAUAUUGCCUUCCUGUCACAAAAUCUGCCUUUAUACUUCUUGAGACCAGGAACUAUAAAAAAUAUGUACUGUGUACACAUCAACAAUUGUAUGCAUUGAAAUAUGAAACCUAAAGGUGGCGACUGACUU